UCCCCUCCUAGUGUAUUCAAUGAUGCCAGGCCACUCUAAUUUACAUACAUUGCCUUUGCAAAGCCCUCACGGAGCUCCUGCCAUGGCAUUGGCGCAUUUGGCGAAUCCCUCCUCCCCUUCUCUCUAGGCAGCGACUAGCGAGCAAGCUCGAAGCUCCGCGCCGCGCCAUGGGCCAUGGCGGCAGCGAUGGCGACGACUACCUCUUCAAGAUCGUCCUCAUCGGCGAUUCCGCGGUCGGCAAGUCGAAUCUCCUCUCCAGGUACUCGCGCAAUGAAUUCCAUCUCAACUCGCGCGCCACCAUCGGCGUGGAGUUCCAGACGCAGAGCAUGGUGAUCGAAGGCAAGGAGGUCAAGGCCCAGAUUUGGGACACCGCCGGCCAGGAGAGGUUUCGAGCUGUGACCUCGGCGUACUACAGGGGCGCCGUGGGAGCGAUGAUCGUCUAUGAUAUCAGCCAGAAGCAAACUUUCGAGAAUGUGGAGCGAUGGCUGGAAGAACUCCGAGUGUACUCUGACUUUAGCCUGGUCACGAUGCUCGUCGGCAACAAGUCCGAUCUCGAAAGCUUGCGCCAGGUUUCCAUCGAGGAGGCCACCGAUCUCGCCGAGAGAGAGGGCCUCUUCUUCAUCGAGACCUCAGCGCUCGACUCCACAAACGUGGCCGCCGCGUUUGAGACGGUGAUCAAGGAGAUCUUCGGCAUGGUGAGCAAGAAAAUCCUCUCCUCCGAUUCCUCCAAGGCGGGGACGCUCAGCGGCACCAAGAAACUCGGCCUCGAGAAUGGAAACAGCUCCAAACCUCAAGACUCCGGCCUAAGCUGCUGUUCUUCCUGAUCACGCGGUUAUUUAAUAUGCUAUUUAGUAAAUAUUAUCAUCGACCUGUUAUCUCAAAACAAGCUAGAGCUUUUCGAUA